GCUGCUGCUCUCUGUGUAUGUGCUACGUUUAAUGAAUAAUCACAGAAAAUACACUUUGUAAUAGUUAGAUUGUUCGGGCGGGAAGCUAACAUUGUACUCAAAACACGAUGCGCUUUGUAAUAGAGGAGCCCUAUAGCCCUACAUUGUACAUGAGCACAUUUUAAAAGACAAUGCUCGACUUGUGUUAAACACUGUCAGAAUCGUGUUUAGUAAUCAGUGACACUGCGAAUUGUGAAACGACAGUAGCCACGUCCUUCACUGCAAAUAUGCGCACAUCGUUUGCAUGCCUUGCUAAGCCCAUUCUUCAUGGAUACUUCAGAAGUUCUUGCUCCUGGAGAGUCAGAAUUGCGUUUGCUCUCAAAGGCAUAGAGUAUGACCAAGUCCCCGUCAAUCUUGUCAAGGAUGGAGGCCAGCAGCUUUCAGACCAGUAUAAAGUUCUUAACCCAAUGAAACAAGUGCCUGCUGUUCAAAUCGAUGGUAUCACCCUCUGUCAGUCACUGGCAGUCAUCCAGUACAUUGAGGAGACCAGGCCAGGACCCAGACUUCUUCCCACCGACCCGAAAAAGCGUGCCCAGGUCCGCAUGGUCAGCGACCUCAUCUCCUCUGGGAUCCAGCCUCUGCAGAAUCUCUCCGUCUUGCAGAAGAUCGGGGCUGAGAAGGUGCAGUGGGCCCAGCAUUUCAUCACACGAGGUUUUGAGGCCUUGGAGCCCAUGCUGAAGGAGACUGCUGGGACAUACUGCGUAGGGGAUGAGAUUUCCAUGGCAGACAUCUGUCUGGUCCCGCAGGUCUACAACGCUGACAGGUUCAAAGUUGACAUCAGCCCAUUCCCGACUAUUAAACGACUGAACCAAACGUUAAUGGAAAUAGAGGCUUUCAAAGUCAGUCACCCAUCUUGCCAGCCAGAUAGUCCUCCAGAUUUGCACACAUAAGUCGACUGCUGCUCACAGGAGGGAACCAAUUGUCAAACUUUCUUAUUCCCACCUUAAUAAAAUGUUUUGUUAAAAAUA